AUGUCGAAAAGAGCGAAGAAAAAUGAAGAGGCUGGAGAUGACGAAGACAACGGCACAGGUGAGACGUCUAGUCAACUGAUGUUUCCUGUGUUUCGCGAUAUGUCUCUUACAGUAUGUCUAAAGCAGAACUAAAUAAAAAUGUCAAGAUCAUUGUCUGUUACGUCAGUCUCAUUACCCCUCCUGUUUUCUCUCUCACCUUAUAGCUCCGGCUGCCAAGAAAGGAAAGAAGGUAAAGGAACCAGAGGCCCCCAUUCUGUACAGUGACCCUCCUGAUAAGAUGACCAGCAAAGAUGGUCGUGCUGCUAACAUGAAGAUCACCUCCUGGAAUGUAGAUGGGCUCAGAGCUUGGGUCAAGAAGAAGGGCCUUGAUGUGAGUUUGGGAACCACAGAGUCCAAAGCUGCAUGAACACUUGGCAUUGAGCUAUAGUGCCUAGAAUUGUUAACUACAUAUGUGAAAUAAGUCCACACACUAUGUGCAUGAUUUAAAAGUUGAAUGUGUUCUUCUAUGAACUUCUGUUAAAUACUAUUGUCUGGUUCAUUAAACUGGGUGGUGACUUUCACCUUUUAAACACUGAUAAAAGGCAGUGCACUGUGAAGGAGCUGACUGGUUAUAUUCCCCUUGCCCAGUGGGUGCGCGACGAGGCCCCAGAUGUGUUGUGCCUGCAGGAGACGAAGUGCGCUGAGAAGUCCCUUCCUGAUGAUAUCACCUCCAUGCCCGAGUUCCCCCACAAGUACUGGGCUGGCUCUGAUGAGAAGGAGGGCUAUAGCGGGGUGGCUAUGCUGUGCAAGACUGAGCCCCUCAAAGUUACCUAUGGCAUUGGUGAGUGAAUGGCUGAUCCUGGUUACUCUAGUUGGCUAUGAAUGACUUACCUUUACCCAUUAAGACUGUUCUCUCCAGGUGCCCUAGUUAACCUGCCUUUCCCCAAUAUGUCUGCAGGUAAAGAGGAGCAUGACAAGGAGGGCCGUGUUAUCACUGCUGAGUUCCCCACCUUCUUCCUGGUCACCGCCUACGUCCCCAACUCUGGUCGAGGACUGGUGCGCCUGGACUAUCGCAAGACCUGGGACGUGGACUUCAAGGCCUACCUGAGCGACCUGGACAAGCGCAAGCCCCUGGUGCUGUGUGGCGAUCUGAACGUGGCCCAUGAGGAGAUCGACCUGAAGAACUCCAAAGGCAACAAAAAAAACGCAGGCUUCACAGCAGAGGAGCGCGAGGGGUUCAGCCAGCUGUUGGCCUCAGGCUUCACUGACAGCUUCCGCAAGCUGUACCCCGAGCAGGCCAACGCAUACACCUUCUGGACCUACAUGAUGAACUCUCGGUCUAAGAACGUGGGCUGGCGGCUGGACUACUUUGUACUGUCCUCUGCUCUACUGCCAGGCCUUUGCGAUAGCAAGAUCCGCAACCAAGCUAUGGGCAGUGACCACUGCCCCAUCACUCUACAUGUGGUUGUGUAG